CUUAAAUGUUUUUCAAAAUCAGAAAGUUAAAGCGCUGAUUUAAGUGAAUCAAGAAAAAUAGUUUUUUUAAAAAGUUGAGAAUUUAAAUAGAAAUCAGCAUAGAAAUGAGUGCAGAUUGGGAUGAAAUAAAGCGUCUAGCAGCAGAUUUUCAAAAAGCUCAGUUGUCAUCAACUCUAGCUCGAUUGUCUGAAAGAAAUUGCGUAGAAGUUGUCAGCUUGCUGCUGGAAAAAGGAUUGAUUGAACUAGUCUUUACGACUGAUGGAAAGGAAUAUUUGACAAAUGAUCAAUUGAGAAAAGAAAUAGAGGAAGAACUUUUUGUGAAUGGACGAAUCAAUUUAGUAGAAAUCACGAAAACAUUGAAUGUUGAUCUUCAGAAAAUUCAACCAAUCGCUGAAAUAAUAGCUCAAGAAGAUCCUCAAGUAACAUUAAUUUUGGGUCAACUUAUAUCCUCUGAAUAUAUUAUUAGAGUAGCUUCUGAAAUUAAUGAGAGAUUGAGUCAAAAUGGAGAAAUUAAUAUAUCGGAACUUACUGGUGCUUAUGACUUGCCUAGUGACUUUUUGCUCAAUGAAGUGGUCCAAAAGAACUUGGGAAAAGUUAUUUUCGGAAAACAGGAUUCAAAUAAUCCAAGAUUACUCUAUACGCCUGCUUUUAUUACUCGAUGCAAAGCCAAAAUUCGUGGUGCAUUAAAUGGAAUCACAAAACCUACACCUGUUUCGGCUAUAAUUUCACAAAUUGGAAUGCCUGAAAGGAUAUUUUUCUCGCUUACAAAUGAUAUUAGCUCAACUGGAACUAUGACAUCAAGAUCAGCUGCUGGAGUUUAUGUUCCUCAUAUCUAUACAAAAACACAAAUUGAAUGGGUUAAAAGUUUCUUUAAACAGAAUGGAUAUCUUGAAUAUGAUUCUGUAGCUUCUUUGGGAGUUGGCGAUGCUAAACAAUUUAUACAGAAGCAGCUGACUGGCGAAAAAUUGACAUUCCUCAAUAGAUGUGUAGUUGGACAACGUAUUAUUGAUCAAGUUGAAUCGACUUUAGAAGAAUCUAUUGCAACAAGCAGCUAUUUGGAUGUGUCGACAAUUUUGCCAAGUGCAAUAGCUGGAGAAGAAGACGUUGAGAAAUUAAUACAGAUCGUUUUAACGCCAAGCAAACAGAGACUUACACAAGUUUUUAACAAUUUAGUUUUGACUACAAAAUAUAUUGACAACUUAUUAAAACCUGUUUACGAGAUUGGUGAUGUGAAUGCAAAAACAUCUGUCGAUUCUGGAUCAUAUCAAAAGUAUAUAGCAGAAAAAACAAUAAAGCACAAAGACGUUGAAACUGAUGAACAAUUUGGCAAAGCGGAUAAACGUGAUGAGCGCAGAAAGAAAGCAGCUUCAGGAAAGGCAGGUGGAGGCGCUCAAGGUCGUGAAACGAAAACAAAAUCUACAAAAAAGCAUCAGCGAGGAAAUAAAAAUAAAGAUUUUGAUGAUUCAGAGUCUGAUGAAGAGGCUCAAAAUGUCACGAAUAAUAAAAAGAAAGCUUCAAAAGAUGUUCAAUUGACACUCGUGAGCGUUAGUGAUAUUAAAAAGGUUAUCAAAACGACAUUAGAAAACGACGGAUUAGAGGAAUUAGUCACCGAGAUUGCCAAUUAUUAUCAAAUGCAAAUUAAUAAGUAUGCGAUGAAUAAGGCACAUGAGUUGUAUGAGGUGUCAUUGCAGAAUAGCAUGCAAAAUCGGAAACAAACUCACAGCACUUUGCAGGAUAAAUUAAACAACUAUAUUAAUGACAUCAGAUUAUAUGAAAAGGGUUUGAAAAUGUUUACAUCUGUUGAUGUGCAGUCACAAUUAAGCAAAUAUUUACUCAAAAGUCUUGGAAGUGAGUUUUUCAACGAAAUUUGCAAUUAUGUUGCUUUGGAAAGUGACUUAAAUUUUGUCAGUUCUAUUACUUCACAACUGACAAAUGAACAAAAGAACCGAAUUAUAGCCGAGUGUGAGAGCAUUUUCAAACAGCCUUUAACUGCGUUGAAUAAGUCACUUAAUGAUAAUGUUGAGGAAUUCUUAAUUGCAGCUGAAAAUAUGCUCGGCGUAUGCAGCAUGAUUCUAAAGAAAAUUGAUAAGAAGAAAGACAAGCAAAUCAUAUUAAUGCAUAAACAAGGUUUAUUGGAUCAAUUAUACAAGUGCAAUGAACCUUCCUUAGUUCUUCAUUUAGCAUGUUUGAUUAUUUUCACCAUUGGAACUGGAUCUAUGAUUCAUGCGUCUGGAAAAUUUGUAUCUACGAUACUUGAUUUUCUAGCAAAUGGCUAUUUAUCGGAUGAAGACCAUUUGUUAUUGAGGAAAUUCCACGAUUUAGUGUUGCAGCACUUUAAGGCUGACAGUGAUGAAGCAAGAGCUGACAUUAUCACGAAAUUAGAUGAAGUUAUCCCAGAAGUAAAGGAUAUGUCAGCAAAUUACAAAAAGAUUGGGAAAAAUAACGAUAAAGAAGAGUAAUGACGUUAUUUUAUAUUUUUUCAGAGAGAACAAUAAAGCACAGAGUGUGUAAUUAAUUCCUCACUAUCUGUCGAUAAGAAA